CGCGAUCUCAAAGCAACAACAACAGCCAACAAAAGAUCAUUCGAUCAAUAGCAUUGAACCGUGUCUUUCAUUCUCUAACUAGCUACAGUACUACAGUAUCAUCAUGUCCGCCAAUGCAAAUGGCAACAGCACUGGUGGUGGUGGAGCUGCAGCAGCCGAUCGAGCUUCCACUCUGGUGGUGGGUCUCUCCAUUCCUCAGUCGCAAGUCAACGCCGCGGCAUUGUUGAAAGCCGCUCGCGAAGACGAGUACGACUUUGUGACGACCGCGCUUCCACAUUCAUUGGAAGGUCGUGACGAUGUUCGCACUCUAGAUAGUAAAUGGUGGCGUACUUCGGUCGUUGGCGUUUGCCCCGAAUUGCGCGACUGGUCGGUCACCAUGGAGCGAUUGCCCAAACAGGUCCAAUGGGGACUCCACAUGAGUUUGCCCGCCAUUAUUUUACCCGCGCCACCGGCCGCCGAGAACGAUUUUAUGGAUUAUGCGCGGGCCGUGCAGAGUUUGUGUAUGGAAGCGUCUCAAGCAUCCGUCCAAUUGUGGAUCAAGGUGGCAUUGACGGAUUUGGCAUUGCUCCAAUUCGAUCUUCUUACCAGAUUGUGUGAUGCUCCUGGAUGUUUGGGAAUGAUCUUGUGGGCUGAACCACUCGCCAUGGGAACCACCAGUGCCAGUUCGUACUCCAACACGGCAGGAGCGACCGUCGCGGCGCAAAUGUCGCUUCUGCACAAGGCCAUUGGAUCACAGCUCAAGGCAUUGUGUUUCCCCACCAAGGUUUUCUUGACCAAUAAACGUGGAUAUCCAACAUUGGCCAAAAUCAAUCAAGUACUAUUCACCGAAGCACUGCGUCGUAUUGGACGAACGCUACGGGUCGUUGUGGAAGGACCGUCCGUGCACGACAUUCCCGAUGGAGCGGGUGCCGGAGGAACCUUUUGUCUGCCCUACUUGCAGUACAUUCAUCAUAUACGACAACGCCAGGAAUGCAUUCAAGCAUUGGACAGUUCCGUCGCACAACAGGAGUUUCCCUAUUUGGAUUCGCUUCAACGACCACUCCAGCCACUUGCCGAUCACCUCGAAUUCCAAAUGUACGAAACAUUCGAGAAGGAUCCCGUCAAGUACGUACAGUAUCGCAGUGCCAUGUUGCGAGCCAUUGAUACCGUACUGCAAUCGCGAAAACGACAACGACAGCAACAACAAGAUGCCAUGAUGACGUCCUCAACAACCACAAAUGACCAACAACAACAACAGCAGCAACCCAUUGACAAUCAUGUCGUUGUUUUUGUGGCCGGAGCGGGACGUGGACCGUUGGUCACGGCCACAUUGGAAGCCUUUGAAUUCGUCUCGAAACAAUUCCGACAACAAAAUGCCAGUAUCUUUGAUGCCAUGGUACUCGAGGACAGUAAUAGCAACGACAACAAACUGCUCAUCCCAUCUCUCUCGGUAUAUGCCAUUGAAAAGAACCCAUCCGCCAUUAUCUACCUCAAUAGCAAGGUACACCACGAAUGGAAAGAAUACAAUGUCAAGAUUGUUCAUCAAGAUGUACGUGUCGUCACACCACGACUGGUACAAGGACACAAGGCCGAUGUCGUCAUCUCGGAAUUGUUGGGUAGUUUUGGGGACAAUGAACUCAGUCCGGAAUGUCUGCAAGUACUACUCGCCAGUAGUGAUGUCUGCAAACCCACCACACUCAGUGUUCCCAUGCGAUAUACCAGUCAUUUGGCGCCCAUCUCGUCCUUGCGGCUCUACAGUGAAGCCAAACACCAGGCACAAUUGCCCGCCAUUAUUUCCAUGGGAGGAGGAGGAUCCAAUGGAAAUUCCACAACCACCAAUCAAGUUAGUGGACAGUCGGUGGGACCGCUGGCGGCCAUGGAAACGCCGUACGUUGUCCGCAGUCAUUCGGCUGCUCAAACUCACGUCGAAAUGGAUUGUUGGAAUUUCAGCCACGAUGGAAUGGCGUCCAACAACAAGGGAUUGACGCGAACCGCUCAUCUCGAAUUUGUACCGGAUAUUACCCAUGCUGCGGCUUGUGGAGGAGGAUCGGUGCCGGCGGAUGCGGCCGUGGCACAACUCACGGCAGCCAAUACGUCCACGAUACCAACGCCCGUGACCAUUCAUGGAUUUCUGGGGACAUUUACGGCAGAUCUGUUUGACGAAAAUCAUCCGUCGGUGCAAAAUCUCAUGGGAACCACUGCCAAUGCCGGCGGCACCACCAAUCCACCCACACAAAUCAGCACGGCACCGGCCAACUUUUCCAAGGACAUGUGUUCGUGGUUCCCACUCUACUUUCCACUCCGAGAGCCCAUGAACGUUCCAGCGGGAGCCACGUUGGGAGUGAGUCUUUGGCGUCGUACUGAUUCGGACAUGGGAUACACGCAACCUGCUCCUCCUGCCACCGCGACCACACCGGCUCAACAUCGGGUCUGGUACGAAUGGUGUGCCAAGACCCAUCGAGGAGGGGAAGUCCUCAAUGUUACACCAAUUCACAAUCCCAAUGGACGAUCCUAUCAUGUUUCGAUGUAGUAGUUGUGAUGAUAAUAAUAAUGAUAGGGAAAGUCUUGCGUGUGUU